AUGUCUUUCAUCCCGGUCUCACCACCACCGACCCCCUCCGGCCCCGCCAACCCCGGCACCCUCGCCCCCUCGGCCCUCAUAGCAACCCUCUCCGCCCUCCUCUCCCCGCAAACCGGCUCCCUAACCCACUUAGUCCAAUCCCUCUCCGUGCUCCUCUCCGCCUCCGCUUCGGGAGCCUCCCUCUCCCUCUCCUUCUUCCUCGUCCCGCGCCUGCUCGAGUCGCCCACACCGCUCAUGCUCACCCAAUGGCGGCGCGUCUACGAGCAGACUUUUUCGACUUUGAACCGGGCCGGCGCCGCUGCGGCGCUGGGGUAUUUUUUGUUGGCUUGGCGGUUUGGAGUCAGGUAUACGAGUGAAGUGGUGAAGGGCGGUGGAUUGCAGGGGUUGAAGUUGGUGAAGAGGGGGAGGAUGUACGCGGUUGCUGGAGCGCUGUUGGUUUUGGGCAUGGCGCCGUAUGGGUGGGUGGUGCUGGGUGGGGUGGAGAGACGGUUGGUGGCGAGGGCGGAGGCGGUGGAGAGGGCGAUGAGGCAGAAGGGGGUGGAUGUGGAGGUUGGGGAGUUGGGUGCGGGCGGGAAUGGUGGUGGAUUGAGCAGGAAGCAUUCGGUUAGGAGGAAGAAUUCGACGAAGGAGAGGGGUGGGGAGAGGGAGAGGGAGAAGGGUAAGGAGAGGGAGAAGGAGAAGGAGAGGGAAAGAGAGGCGGAGGAGGAUCAGGAUUCUUCGAGAGACGGUGAUGUUGAGGCUGGCUUGGGCGAGAAGGUGGAUAUGAAGGCUGUGGAAGUCGGGGCAAAGUACUGGGUUGAUGAAUGGGGUGUGUUGAAUCUGGGCAGGGCGGCGAUGAUUGCUGCUUCUGCGGUUAUGGGAUUGAGUGCUUCGCUAUGGAACUAG